GAGGCAUUUCGGUACCUUGACACGGCCCGGCUCCGCUCGGUCGAAUUCGAGACGAGGCUGUAUUAUUGAUGCGCGCUAUUUAAUUAAGGAAGCUGUAAUGAAAUUCCCCGGAGCGAAACGAGCUGGCAGCAAGCAGUGAGGGGCCGAGCGCGGGUGGCGCAGUGCUGCGUCGAGGAGCUCCAAGACAGAAAACAGAUAUUUUUUUGACGACCAUCAAGUGAAAUAAUCAAUUUGACUUCAUGGCAGAGAACAAUUUUCCCCCGCUGCCCGGGUUCAUUCCCCUGAAGCCGUGCUUCUACCAGGAUUUCAACGAGAUCCCUGACCAGCACCGCACCAUGUGCAAGAGGCUCUACUAUCUGUGGAUCUUUAACAGCGCCACCCUGGCGGUGAACCUGAUCGGCUGCCUGGCGUGGAUGUGCGGCGGGGGAGGAGUCACCAACUUCGGCAUGGCCAUCAUCUGGCUGAUCCUCUUCACGCCGUGCUCCUACGUGUGCUGGUUCCGACCCAUCUACAAGGCGUUCAAGACUGACAGCUCCUUCAACUUCAUGGCGUUCUUCUUCGUCUUCAUGGCCCAGGUGGCAAUCAGCAUCAUCCAGGCGGUGGGGAUCCCAGGCUGGGGCGUGUGCGGCUGGCUCGCCACCAUCUCCUUCUUUGGCACCAACAUUGGCUCGGCUGUCGUCAUGCUUUUCCCCACCGUAAUGUUCACCGCCGUGGCUGCGCUCUCCUUCAUCGCGCUCACCAAGGUGCACAACUUCUACCGGGGCAGCGGAGGCAGCAUGAGCAAGGCCCAAGAGGAGUGGGCCACCGGCGCCUGGAAGAACCCCCACGUGCAGCAGGCGGCACAGCAGGCGGCUGUGGGGGCAGCGCAGAGUGCCAUGCAGCCGCAGGGGGCACAAUACUCCGCGCCCAGCUACGACUACGACAACCAGAUGUAGGGGAGUAGAGAACCGGGGGGCGGGGGUGGAAGAUGAUUUCUCGAUACGAAGCAAAUAUUGAGACGUGUAAGUCCCUGACAUGCGGACUGGCACUCUGGUGCCCUUGUAGAACAAGGCCUCUCUGAGGCUCCAUCCAUCACCAUGUUACCCCCUCUGUCCCCCAUCAUUUUACCAGCCACACACCUUAGCCCUGUGGCAGCUAGCAUGGUGUCUCACACACACACACACACACACACACACACAACUGAUUAUAUUUUAUUCACUGCCACAGUGAUGAAGGUUUUUCAAGCAAUCAGGGUAAGAAAUACUGCAUAUACACCAAGGCACAUACUUCACAUAGUCUAUAGGGAAAACAACAUACGAAGAAUUAACACUGUAUUUAGCAAUAUUUAACAAAAGGAGGGAUUAUAAAAACCUAUUUUUUUGAUAGCCUUUUCUUGCUCUUUGUUUCAACUUUGGGAUUUUCAAAAAGUAUAUAUUUUGCUAAGCUUGGCUUUCAGACCUCUGCGGGGUUCCCUGUGCACCUCUGACUGUGAAAGUGAACACCUUUGCUUGCCUCAGCGUUGUUCCCAGGGGUUCGGAUUUUCUGACCCCUCCCCGAAGAACUAUUACAACAUAUUUUCUAAUUACCAAGCGUUAUCAUCAAAGAUAAUCAGUCGACACGCAGACCGAGAAGUGGAAUGAAUGCUCGAGACAAGCGAGCGUUUAUUCUUGUGCUUUGAUUUGGAAGAGGGCUUCGAGUGCUAAUUAUUAAUAUGUUGUGUUUUUAAUUCUCAGGAAUAGCUGGGCUACGGCAUAAACUAGACGUUAAAAAAAAAUCAGUGUUACUUCUGAAUUAUUAUGCAUUUCUGGCUGAAGGGAAGGGCUUGUAUUGGCAGCUGCUCAGCUGAAGUAUCACGAGAAGGGAAGCAGCACCGUAGGCGUAGGUGAUACACAGCUCUCGCACCCUGACCUCCUGACAAGGCCUGUGCCAGUUGCGAUCGCCUGUAAACACACAUCGCUGCUGGAGCCAUCCCUAGCCGCGCUUCCCUCGCCCUCAGACACGUCCUCACUCUGCACGGAGACGACUGAUUGCCGCUUCCUCGCGCCUUCCCUGCGGAUCAGCGGCAGAACCGCGGGCAGAUGCUCACUUGUUAAGCAGAGGCUCUACUCUCUGUGUCACUGAGGGCUUGCGCUGCUCAGCGUGUCCUUUAGUUCACACGGUCACGGACACUGGGUCUCGCCAUAACUAAUACGACACGUUCAUCCAGGUUAUUCGCCUCCUGAACCAAGUCAGGUAACUGGUCACUUAAGUGAUGUUGAGAUUAGUCAGAACCAGCGUUCAAAAGGACAUAUAGUGUGUUCGGGGGGGUGGCAGCAGGUUUGGCCGGGGCCUGCUCUCUGGUGGGUCUGGGG